UAUCUGCAAGACCAGGAAGCACAGAUGAGGUGAGGUAGGGCGGGAUGGAGGCAACGCCAAAUGCGGCUUAGCGCUGUGUGAGGCUCUGAGGCUAGGGAUCGUUCAUCCGGAGAGCCGACCGUGCAGGCACUUCAACCUCUCUCUCUCCAACAUCAACACCUUCGGUCGCUCCCGGUCAAUUGUCUUUCAACCAGAUCGACAAGAUGAGUUACGUUGUCCGCCGAGGUCUUUCGACCUUGAUCCCUCCCAAGAUCGCUUCGCCUAACGCGAUUGGUGCCGCCCAGGAUGCUGCCCGUAUGGAGCGCGUUGUGAGCUUCUACGCUAAGCUCCCCCGCGGUGCUGCCCCCGAGAUCAAGCCUCAGGGCCUUAUUGGCCGCUACCAGGCUCGCUACUUCAGCGGCAAGAACGCUUCUGGCAUGCCCCUGGUUCACGCCAUCGGUGCUAUCCUCAUCAUGGGCUACAGUAUUGAAUACUACUUCCACCUCCGCCACCACAAGAACCACCCUCACUAAAUGUGUCGUGUGCGUGAUGAAUGAAGAGGAUGCUGUACAUAUAUCCCCGGUGUAGAAUGAAAGAACUUUUACCGUGAAGCCUUAUGGAAUACAGUCAUCUCAACCACGCCCCUUGCAGUUAGCCAGACUAGCUUUUGUAUGCUCUGGAAUCCCAGGGAAGCGGGUCAUAAUCUAUAUUGGCGAUGUCAUCAAAUAGGCCGGGUCUGGGUGCACGAUACCGUUGCUUAGUCGUUCUGUAGUAUGAGAAACCAAACACCAAGAAUAACGCCCUGUAUCCCCUGAGACAAGUAGAGCUCUAGCACCUCCAGAACCUCUUCUACCCAGUAGAUCCAUAGAAAGCAACGACCCGUUGAACGCGUGGCUGGCGGCUGGGGAACGCAGUG